UCGUCUGAUCCUUUCCCAUACCUAUCGAAAUUUGUCAAUAAGAGCGAUGUAAUUCAACCCAAUUACUGGGUUCGAGACUUGGAGUUGAUGCAUCACUGGGUCACCGAGGCUCAUCUGACCGUAUCCCCGAGAGAGGACAUCGGUCAUAUGUGGCGAAUUCUGACACCUAAACAAGCAAUAACCCGACAUUACCUGAUGCACGAGUUACUGGCGUUUUCUGCGCUUCAUAUAGCAUCUACGCAGACAGACAAAACAAAAGCAUUCUACGGAUUGGGUAUUCAUCAUCAAGACCUGGCUAUUAGGUCGAUGAGAAAGGUCCUCCCCAAUAUGACAGUUGAAAACGCCGGCGCACUCGCGGUAACAUCAGCAUUGCUCUGUUUGACAGUUUUCUCUGCACGAGGGCUGGAAUCAGCGUUAUCCACGAACGAAGCGACCUCCAAGAUCACUGUCGUUGACGAUCUGCUCGACAUCUUCUAUCUAAUGCAAGGUAUUGGAAGUAUACUCUGGAGGGGAGCGGGCGCAAUUGCUCAGGGUCCCUUCGCAGCUAUGCUUAACCGGCCCCUGAAGGAUAUGGCAGCUCCGCCCCUUCCCAUACUCGAGGAUACGAGAGUACAGAUCGAACAUAUCACUGCGUUCAUCGGUACACAGGAUUUACCCGCCGCCGAAGCUGCCACAGUCAAAGCCGCACUCGGAGGUCUUGAGGCGAUGAGGCAAUACGCUCUUAGUGCAGAGGACAGCAUAGAGAUCCGUUUCGUCUUCGUGACCGUGCUCAAAUUUUCCCCUGAUUUCCUCGAAUUGUUCCGCACGCGGCAGAGCUCUGCACUCGCAGUAAUGAGCAUUUACGCCAACUUACUAAAAGCCUCGGAGGCUACUCUAUGGUUCAUGAAGGGGUGGGGUGAGCGUCUCAUCAGAACGAUAGGCGAAUGUAUUGAUCCAAUCUGGCAACCUGCUAUACAAUGGUCAUGGGAUUAUAUCAUCAUUACGCCGCAGGAAGGAUCUACACAACCGUCCCAGUCUCAGCUACAGCCGCCGCUGAAUGGACCAUCGGAUGUGCUGGUGGAUGGCUCACCGCACGGCAUGCAGGAACACGCAGUAGAUUGA